AUAUAAGUUGCGAUAUCUCGUUUGUUCUCGGUUUAUAUGAAAUAAAAUGGUAUAUAUAAAAUGGUUUAAAUAAAAUUUGGUCUAUGGCUCUGGAAUAUAAGUUGCGAUAUCUCGUUUGUUCUCGGUUUCCGAGUGGAUUUUUUCACCUGCUCAGUGACCCGUCUUGAUGCAUCGAAUGCAACAGGUGACGCGCAUCCCCUGCUACGGAUUAAAACCCCGUUGUCGGCGGAAGUGGAGCACCUCUGUCAGCGAUCUCCGUUGGAAGAAGGAAAAUCGAUGCGAUCGUCUUGUUUGCUAGAAAAAAAGGACGAUCACUUACAUAUUCGAUGAGCCGCGACGUCAGGCUAGAAACAAGGCCACGGUAGACGACUGCUCCGCGCAACAGUUGAAAGGUCGUGUGGAUUUAAGAGCAACGGGGUUGAAUCGUGUCGCUGUACAGCAGCUGAGUGUGCGGAAGACGCAGGUGCGAAGACGCGGGCGCUUACAUUGUUGUGAGGACCGCCUAACGAUGGGCUCUUUCAAAUUCCCGAGACCGUCGCCGCACGCUCACAACGCGUUCAGUUCUCGCGGGCAUCGGAUCGCCUCGAUCCCGGAAAUCCUGUGUUGUACCAUUUUUCGAAACGCAUCAAAGACGCUUCCCUUUGUCAGAGUGUGAAAUAGGCUCUGAAUAAUUCCGAGGGUUCAACGGGAUCAAAGAACUCGUUCCCACGGACGUCCAGUUUCUUUACGAAUGAGUAACACGUGCGACGAAUUGUUUUGAUGCCUCGCACAAGUGCGACUGUUAAGAGGCUUUAGAUGUUAGGUGAGAAACUUCUGUAAAGUAUUUUUUCGUAUGAGUGAACGAUUAUACCGGGUCCUCGUGAAUACGAAUAGUUUGUUUGGAUUCGAGUCGGAGUGUUAAGAAAGGCAACAGUGCUCCAUUCGUGUCUUGACGAUCAGUUAUCAUACUUGUCGUGCUAUGCUGCUAACCAGUAGAAGAAACACGUCGCAAGAACAGAAUGAAGCCGUUAAUUAAUCACCGUGUACAAUGAUAAAACGAUUGGUGAAACGCUAAUUCAAAGUGUCCUACAAAUGUCAAUGUUAACUUCGAUCGAUUAACUCUUUUCACUGAUUAGUAACCGAGUGAUUAUGCUAAACGCGUUUCAGCCAAGAGUGGACUACAGGGGAAAAAAGGGACCGACGAGAUUUUCUACCCGUCGCCUCGCCCCUGACAAUACUAUCUACGCUCCGUCGGAUUUUCAAUUCUAUUUUCAAAGCAACGAAUCAAUCUGAACCGAGCGGACCGCUGGGGACGACUCGAGCGAGCUGUACUCUUCCGGCUACGAGAACUUAAAUCUAAAUGGAUAUCAAACAAAAGAGAGCGCGCAUCGGCGAACGGUCGACAGCUGGAUCAAUAACGCGGCUGAUCGACCCGGUCGCUUCGGAUUGACUGAGAUCGUCGAGAGAGAGACCUGAGAAUAAUGAUCGCACUGACCCAUGUGUCGUACACCGUCCGCGGCUUGCUACAUAAAUCUCAUCCCGAAGCUAUGCUAAUUUACCGCUAGUCAAAUUCGACUCGAACGAGGAUGAUGUCCUUCAACGAGUCAGCGGUCCCGAGACGGCCGUCGAUCGUCGCCAGCGUGAAUCUGGAGGUACUGCUCGUUGGUGGCAACUUGACCGACGCCAUGGCCGAGAAUCAUACGAGUCCUGUCGCGGAGUUUAUGCAGCAGUACGACUUGUCGACGAGACGGGAUCCGCUUUACAUAGUGUUGCCGAUCACGGUGAUCUACGCGGUGAUCUUCCUCACCGGUCUCGUCGGGAACGUGUCCACGUGCGUGGUGAUAGCGCGUAACAAGUCGAUGCACACGGCGACCAACUACUAUCUGUUCAGCCUGGCCGUGUCUGAUUUACUGUUGCUGAUAUCCGGGCUGCCGCCGGAGAUGUACUACAUCUGGUCGCAUUUCCCGUACGUGUUCGGCGAGGCAUUCUGCAUUAUUCAGAGUUUCGCCGCCGAGACGUCCUCGAACGCCACCGUGCUCACCAUCACCGCCUUCACCGUCGAGAGGUACGUCGCGAUCUGUCAUCCUUUCAUCUCGCACACGAUGUCGAAGCUGUCCCGGGCGGUGAAGUUCAUCAUAGUGAUCUGGCUGCUGGCACUGUGCCUCGCCGUGCCCCAAGCGAUUCAAUUCGGCAUCGUGUACCGCAGCUACAACGGCUCCGCGGUCCUGGACAGCGCCCAGUGCUCGAUCAAGUGGACGCUGAUCGAGCACGCGUUCCAGAUAUCGACGAUGCUGUUCUUCGUCCUGCCGAUGACGAUCAUCACCGUAUUGUACAUACUGAUCGCGAUCAAGCUCAGGCGAUCGAGCCUGUUGACGGCCACGGCGAAGAGGAAGCAUUUGUCAACCGGACUUAAUCACUGUGACAGUGGCAGGAGUAAAAGCACGGCCCAGAGAAAUGUGAUUCGAAUGCUUGUGGCAGACGACAGGGAUGAUUCAGUUCUUUUAUUUAGUGUGAAGCAGCGUUUUACAACCCCAUAAAAAUGACUCUUUCGGUGAUAAAUUCUUUUACGAGCGUUUAGCAGGGUUUCGGGCAUCGCGGCGAAUUUAUUGGACUUCUCUAUUGUGUCUCGAAUAGUGGCGAUUAUUGCCAUUCGAAGAGAGAUUACAGCGAGUAAUCAGAGAGACAAAACCGCUUCGGGAGAAAUAAACAGGGGUGAUGGACAGUUCGAUUGUCUUAUAAAUCUGAUAAAAUUCUUGUGUGAUUAGCGAGUCAAUAAAAAUAACUCAGAGUUACGUAAAUUAUUCUUAGCACAAUGCCCUUUGUUGCGUAACUUCUCGCGGGGCUAAAAAUUUUUUCAGAAUCAUUCCGAAACUAUUCGUAGAACUAAAAUAAUCUUUCAUUCGGUCCUGUUUAGAUUAUAGAACCGCCCAUGGUGUUCGUCCUUCUUUACAAUACUUCAGACUUCUCGUUAAUAAUGAAUGAAAUUAUGGUAGACGUAACGCGAAUCUUACAAAGCGCGUAUUCCUAUAAAACGCUAAAGAUAUUGCAACUGUCUUCAUAUAACACGAUUCAUCGUACAGCGUCGAAUAAUAAAACAGGGAUUACCUGUUUUAAAGAUUAAAUCUCCUUCAGAUGAGGAUUAGAUUGUUUUCUUCGUCGUUACCAGCUGUUUAUGUUUCAUCAUUGGUUUGUUUUUGGAAUGUGAUUCUCGACGAACAGUGACUAAUGAUGAAGAUUAUAGAAGUAUUUUUCAAGUAAAAAAAUCUUGGGAAGCAUAUGUGUAUAAAUCUAGAAUUUAAUUAAAUUUUUGUUGAAUUUCUCAAUGAAAUAAAAGAGCUCUCACACACAUUUUUUAAUCAAUCACAACCUUGUAUAAUGUUGAGUGGUCUUUUGGUUCAGAUUAAUCUCCCCAGCUUUUUACAUGAAACACACCUAAUUCUACUAAUUUUUAGGUGCUGAGAUUUAUGUGUUAGCUGCAGUUAUGCUGCAGUGAUUUAUGUGUUAAAUAAUUGUACAUAACUAUUAUAGUUUAUAUACGUAUUUAUGUAAACAUUAUUGUGUAGUAGUAGAUUAAAAAAAACUGAUUCCCCCAAAAACGAUAUUCGCGUUCAGCACCUAAAAACUAAUAGAAUUACGUGGGUUCUAUGUAAAAAGCUUAGGGAGAAUUUUUUGAACUUUAGCCGGUCUUUUUUAUAGAGAAUAUAAAUCGUUGAUAGGAGCAGGAAAAAUUGUAUAAUAAAAAAAUGUUGAUGAUCUUCAUAUCUCUACUGUGCAUCCACCUAUAAAAUAAACUUCAUAACAUCAGAAUGUACCUUUCUCGCAAUCAUGCAACAUUAUAUGUAUGUAUAUAAACAUUCUUUACUACGUGUAAUAAUAACGACGAAAAUCAAGGUAGUAACAUCUGGUGAACCACACUGUACGUGCCACUUAUUUUUAAAAUAGUGUCCUAUUUGACAAAGCAUAGAAAAUAAAAAUUGGCAUAGCAAUAAUCAUUCUGAACAUAUUGCUUUAGAUUAAUGGGCGUUAGUCAAGAAAAAUUCCCGUGCGAUUUCAUAUAGCGGGUGGUGUAUUAACCGCGACAUACUGCAGUCUACUGUGUAUAAGAAUAACAAUCUUCUCCAACUAUCGUAUUAUUUCGGCAGCGUUAAAUUUAACUGCGCUCAAGCGAAGAGAAAAGUAUAAUAAGUUAGUCGAAUCAUUUGUAUGCUAAGCGUGGGGCUCGAUUAAAACAAUAUACAUAAAUCGAACUAGUUCCCAAAUAACUAUAAGUUCGAAGCUUUUUCGUUUGCAGGCCUCGCAUCGAGAUCCGUCGAAACGGUGUGGGCUCGUAAAAUCAAACGACCUCGUGAUUUCGGUCAGCGGUUAGUUUAUAGGAUCCUACGUGCCCGCGUAGGUCGUAUCGACAAAUGAUAUCGUGCCAAGUGAUACGAUUCACGAUCGCGGAAACGACAAUCUAUGAAAAUAUUUUCCAGAGAUAUAUAAUAAUAUAAAAAUUCUGCGAGAGGUAGAUUCCGCGCGCUCCGGCGCACGUGACGCUUUCAACCGGCGACGAUGUAAACGAAAUAUAUUCAAGACUACGUUGAUCUCGCGAUCAACGUCCGUUUUCCUCAGAAUUCUAUUCACCGUAAGACGCAACUCUCCUCUAUGGCACUCGAUCAUGCUCGGUUGAACGCCGAUUCAAUUUACUUUUACAAUACAAUAGGUAUCUUCUUCGAUCAAUAUCAAUAACUUUCAAUGCCGCAUAAUCUAGCUAGUAAAUUUUAUUUCGGACGACGUCUUUUUAUGAAACAACAUAUACGAAGUUGACUUAAUGGAAGCUAAUGGAAAAAUUCUGUUGACCUUCUUAGGUAAAGCGUUCGGUUUACUAGGAUCGUAAAGGGUGUUUUACGCUUAGCUAUUAUUUGAUACACAUUAAAAUGUAUAAAAGUUUCCUUAAAAGUUGGAAUCAAUUAGAAUCCCUCUCGAGAUCUUUGAAUUCGAGAGCAGAACGUGUUUCCUGUUUGCAACCCCCGAUGAACGCGUUCAUUGUUCCCAAUGGUGGUUUAACGAGACAUUUCGUUCAGUUUACGUCCGGAAGCGGCUUAAAUGGACCGCCUAUUGCUAUUACGCGUCGUCUUAAUUCCCUCUUCAACUCCACCCUCUCUAAUCCUUUACAAUCUCUUCCUCUUUCCUACGAUUAAAUCAGAGAUCACAGGUUUUAAUUGCACUAUUUUAUUUUACUGAACGUCCGAAUUUCUGUUCUACUCACUGGUUUAACCCUUCCACUUCUACUAUCACUUCCCAUGAGAUUACUUCUUAUUACUAGUGGGACACAAUUAAAUGCUAAUAUGCCAGAAUCGUGUCCCACUGGUUAUUAAAACUACAACCUGUGUAAUAUGCAAGCUUCCUCUAUACUAAAAUUGCUUUGCAAGUUACCACACGUGAAUUGUGAAUAUGAUCAAAAUAUUGUUCUGAACUCAACUAAUCAGAAUGUAAUCACUUUAUACAUGACUGCCCAAUUUUUUUGUAUUCGUUGUACCAAAUGUUUGCUCUAUUUAUCUGAUAUCUGAGAGAGAGAGAGGGGAGAGUUGUCUUAUUCCAAAAAACACCAAUAAAACCAUUUCGAAUCAAUAAUAUAAAUCUUGAGAUCACAUACUAAGUGAAAGCUUAGCAACCAGUAAAUGCAAAGAAAUAAAAGAUUCUAUAAAAAAUACAAUUGGUAGUGAUAGGAUCAAGAUUGAAUAUGAAAUUACUAAAGAAAAGAGCAGUGAGUAGAAAUAGUGACGCGAACGGAAAUUGGGACAUUUACUAUGCAGUGGGAAGAAUUGUCUUGUUUAUACUUGACAGUGAAUUUACUUGAAGGCGCGGCGGUUGCGAAUCGAUAACCGAGUGGCGUCGUCUAGUUUAACCCUUUCGAGAUCAAAAUACGUACGCGAUAUACUACGCAAUGACAUACUGAUUUAAAAAAAAAUCCUCUCUGGAAUUCUUCGAUUAAGAGAAUAAAUUCUGUUAGCCAGAACGUACAAGGCGGGCUCUGUAAAAAUAUCUUGUUGUGAAUGUUCGCGGAUUUACAUUGAAUACAUUUACGUGAAGUUCAAAGGGAAGGGUUACGGUCAAGAAUCGACAAAAGAAUCUUUUCUCUGUUAAAAACAGCGUACCAACAAUUUCAGUUUCACGCUACGUAGAACCUCUUUAACGAAGCGACGAUUGAUGAAAUGCUUGUUAUAGCUUUUGUAUAAUUUCGGUUGAAUAUUUCAAUGGUAAAUCGAUCGCUGACAGUCAGUGCGAAUACGUAUUAACAAAUAGACGUGUAUUGUACCUUCCGCUGUGCAUGGAAGGCUCGUUCGCGUUUUGCGUAAACAGAAUCGAUCAGGAAAUAGAUCGUGCUCGCGUGGCCUCGCGUUCAACGUAAUACAGAAACCGGUGCAGCGAGGAGGAACUAAAAUGCUGCCGUAAAUAGAUGUAUCAGGAUGGUUUGUUACCGAUGAGCUGUUAGCUCGCGUGUCCACGAAACCAGAAAGACCCGUCGUUGAUACAAUUUCUCUUCGUAGGUGGGCGUUCAACGAACCACCCUUACCUUUCAUCGACAACCCUUCUCUUGUUCUUUAUCAUCAGUCUAAUGGCAAUUAACAUUUACUAAUUGAAUAAUGAAAUGUUAUUUAGGGUAUCAGAUUGUAUUCGGAAUAAUCGAUGGCACUAUCAAAAGGGUGAUUUUGUAUUAAAAAAAUAAGAAGAAAAUUUAGAAUAAAAUUUGUUUAAAUGAGACUUUGUUUUAGAGAAGGUCGAUUUUAAAUAUUGGUCAGAUACACUUGUCUCAGAUUAUUUCUCAAGUUAACAUGUCUCUCCCUAGCUCACUCGUUUGAUUCAGAUUAAAAAAUUAUUAGUUUAUUAUAGUUAUUAAGUAAAUUAUUCUAAAUUUUCAUAAUUUUUUAAUAUCAAAUGCCUACUCUGCUAAUUGUACUACCAGUUACUGAGCACUCUGUAUAUUAAAUAUAUUUAUUACUUAAUUCUCACAGAAUUGUAAUAUCAAUUUUCUUAAAUCGUAUCUUGUUAGAGAAACAUGGUUUCUAUAUAUGUAUAAGUGCUUACACCGGAUUUAAUAAGAUCUUGUUAAGCCUGGGAAGGAAAGGUGUAGCAUUUUGAUUUCAACCAUUUGCUGAAUAAAACGUAUUUAAGGGUCGAGUGUAAACUGGCGAUAAUUCAAAACGUAAGGAACUUGUUUCGAGACAACAGAAACGUCGCCUUAGGUCUGAAAAUGAUAAGGAGAACAAUUUAAUCCUUAAGUGACAAAUGGGUCGCCUCUUACCCUCAGUUACAAUAAAUCGCGACAAUUUGGCUACGAAAUGAUCCACGACGAGCAUCCUGAAUAAUUCAUUCGACGAUGAACAUUGCAACUAUCUUUCUUCCGUUCCUCUAACAAUCUUUUUCGAGUAUUAAAUCUCAAUAAUGGAUGAGAAAUAACUGAGACUCAAAACAGAACUACUCGUAAUAUAGCGGUCGUAAAAAAGGGUUCUCGGACGCAGUGAAAUUUCCGAUAGCGUCGUGUUGAAUUCACGGCUGCAUCAGAGGCCACUUUAUCUUCGUCCUCGGUGGAAACGCUCGCCGUUGAAGAGAUAACCGGGUGCAAAAAUUGCAGCCGUCAU